CCUCGGUGCUCCGGCAAAGUGGCCCGAGUGCGCCGCAGCCGCGGGGCCGAGGUUCCGGGUCGUGCGUGGACGGUGCGCGGCGGACAGGCCCGUGCAGUUCCUCAGUCCUUGAGCUGUGGCCAGAAAUGGACCCAGGAAGCUCCGCUGGUGCUCCUACUUCCAGCUCGUGCUGCCGCACAGGCCAGGACCCCCUGCUGUUCUGGAAGGACCUGCAAAAGCUGUGGUCCAAGAAGGAUCUCCAGCAGCUCCAAGAGGAAGCCUGGCGUGGGUUUGCUGCCCUGGACGACCCUCUGGCCACACUGCUGGACUUACUGGAGGAUAGCCAGGGCAAUUACAAGAAGGGCCACUCUCUGGCCAUCUGGAUCACCUGUGUGCUGCAGCACCGGCUGCAGGAACAGCUACUCUCAGGGCCACAGGAUAGCCCAAGGAUUGCACAGCUGCAGGCCCGGGCGCUCAAUGUCCUCACCAAAGGCUCUCCUAAACUGGUGGAGCCGCUGUCCAGCAUCUUCCGGCUGCAGGAUAUAGACAGGAGCUUCCUCCUGGCUCAUUUUCACCACCUCCAGCAGGAGGGCAGGUUCGAAGAAGCAAUGGUGCUGGGCACAAGGCUGAAGCUGCAGCCAGAACUGGAUUUUGAAAAGAUGAGCAUCCCAUUGCUGCUCCAGGACAGAGUGGACCUUGUGAAGAGCUACGUGGCCAACUUCCCAGACCUCCAGAGAAGGUUGCUGGACCUCAUGGACUCCUGGUGCCAGCCCGGCUUUGACAUCAGGGAUGUGGCCAGGCAGUACCCCCAGUUGACCACUGUGAGGCUGAGCUCCAGAGUGCUCCGCCGGCGCGUCGUCCGUCUGCAGCAGCAGUACCGUGUGGCCCCCGCACUGUGUCCCAAUGUUGUGAAGCAGCAGCAACUGGCAGCUCUGAGAUGGCUGUGCUACAAGCGGUUUGUGGAGAAAAGCAUGUCUCAGGAGAACUGGACUGACCAUGUUCAGGGCCUGGUGGGCCAGAGCUCCUGGCUGCAGGAGAGUCUGCUCCGGCUGGUGGCCUCUCACAGUAACGCAGCCACAGCCUACCAGUGCGCCCUGGACCUCUCCUUGCCCGAGGAGCGGCUACCGGCUUUCGUCGCUGCGAAGGUCCACCAGCUCAAGCUGCGGGGGAGGAUGAUCAAGGUGGACCGGAGACUGGAGGAGCCCCACGACGCCCGGAAGGAAAAGUAUUAUCAGCUGUCCAUCCCCAGGGAGAAUAUCCACCUGCUGGCCUCCUGGGAGGACCUGGCCGGGCAGGAGGCCCGGCUGCUGCAGCCCGGCCGAGUGGUUGGAGUGGACGUGGAGUGCGUGCUUUCGUUUGUGACCGAGGACAGGCACCAGAUGUCACUCGUGCAGGUGGCCGAUGAGGACCAUGUGUUCCUGCUCGAUGUGCUGGCGCUCCUGCAGCCACCAGGGGGGCAGGGGGCACAGGCCUUCUCCCGCAUGGUGUCCCGGCUCUUCUCAGAUGCCUCCAUCACUAAGCUGGGUUAUGGCUUGGCAGCAGACCUGCAGCAGCUGGGCACUGUCUGUCCCUCCUUGGUCGGCAUGGAGAAGCAGAUCUGUAGCAUUGUGGACCUGCAGCCUGUGCACAAUCAGAUGCAAGAGAUGGGUGUGGCGGUGCCCACCACAGGGGACAGGACAACGAGUCCACGCGGCCUGAGCCUCCUGGUACAGCAGGUGCUGGGUACACCCCUGGACAAAACAGAGCAGCUCUCCAACUGGAGCCGGCGGCCGCUCCAGGAGUCCCAGCUUCUCUAUGCAGCUGCUGAUGCCUACUGCCUGCUGGAGGUGUACCAUGCCCUGGGCAGAGGCCUCCCGCCCUUCCCCCACCAGAGGGCCCUGGGCCGCAGCCAGACACCUGUGAGCAGCCAGAGGCCAGGGCCCCAGGGUCCCAGACCAUCAGAGGCCACAGCAGCACCGGGGCAGGUCCCCGUGUGCACCGAGGAGGGUGCCGCUGCCCCUCAGGUCGCUGCCCGGGCCUUCCGCGUGGUCUGCGACAGCAUGCUGCAGGGACUGGCACGGAGCCUGCGCUCCCUAGGUGUGGACGCAGUUGUGCUGGGCGACCGUGAGGACCACAGCCAGCUGGCUGAGAUCGCCAGGCGAGAAGGACGGGUCAUCCUGACCUCAGGGACGCCUUACCACAAGCUCCAAGCACAGGUGGCUGCUGCGCGCUGCCUGUCCAUCAACUGCUCACUGAAGGCCCGGCUGCAGGCGAAGGCCGUGCUCCAGCACUUCAACAUCCGGGUCACCCACGCGGACAUCUUCAGCCGCUGCCAGGCCUGCAAUGGUGACGAGUACCUGAAGAUCUCCAAGGCCUUGAUGAUGCAGCUCAGCGGCCAUCCACAGAGUCCCGGCGGCACGGGUGGUGGAGCUGCCCAGAGUAAGGACAAGAAGCCAGGCAGAGGCUCAGAAGCAGCUCCUGGCGGCUGCGCCUGUGACCCCCCUUGCAGCUGGCUGGCACUGGAGGACCUGCAGGCCAGCACCCCUGCCACUCUGGGCAACGGCACCCGGCUGCAGCUGGCAGGGGUCCCAGAGGGUGUGCUGAGGAGGCCUGAGCUGCAGCACUUCUAUUGCUGUACGCGCUGUGGGAAGAUCUUCUGGGAGGGGUCCCACCGGGCCCGCGUCGCCCUGCACUUCCAGGACUUCCUGGAGGAGGCCCCCCGCCCCGCCUCCGCCCCUUCCGAGGGCCUGGCAGCCAGAGGCUGUGGGACAAUAAAGAGAACAUGACCAAUGGCCAGGCACCAGUGGCUCGCG